UGCGCUCGUCCCUCCCUUAUCUUGUCCAGCCACGCUCAUCCACUCUUCCCAUGUCAUUCCAAGUCCAGCGAACCACACACAGAUUUGCGAGUCUUCCUCAAUUUUUCAAUUACCUGGCUCAGCUCUAUUCUCCCUUAGCAACCUCCGUCUCGACCUUGGUGAGUGUGCCCAGUGUGUGCAAGGAAUUGAAUUGCGAAGUUGGGUAGGCUGUUGAGGAAGCAAGGAGAGAUGGCGACAAUGGCGAUGUCUGCGGCCGCUCUAGGAGGGCGUGUGGUAAAGUCCGCUGACGUGCAGAGCAGCUUCUGGAGCGAGAAGACGCGCUCUGUCAAAGUCUCCGGCACCUCAAGUGGAAAGGUGGCGAUGCCAGUAGUUGAGGCAACUCACCGCGUCGAUAAAUUCUCCAAGAGUGACAUCAUCGUCUCGCCCUCGAUUCUAUCAGCCAACUUCGCCAUCCUGGGAGACCAGAUCAAAGCUGUUGAAAACGCCGGAUGUGAUUGGAUUCACGUCGACGUGAUGGACGGCCGCUUUGUGCCCAACAUCACAAUCGGUCCUCUUGUUGUGGAUGCCAUUCGUCCAGUAACUGAUUUACCUCUUGACGUCCACCUGAUGAUUGUUGAACCAGAACAGCGUGUCCCAGACUUCAUCAAGGCUGGUGCUGAUAUUGUUUCCGUUCAUUGUGAAAAUGCUUCAACAAUUCACUUACACCGUACCAUCAACCAGAUUAAAAGUUUGGGAGCUAAGGCUGGAGUGGUGCUCAACCCUGGAACACCUCUGUCUCAAAUUGAAUACGUUCUCGACUGUGUGGAUCUGAUUUUGAUUAUGUCUGUCAACCCUGGAUUCGGUGGGCAGAGCUUUAUCGAAUCUCAGGUCAAGAAGAUCGCUGACCUCCGGAAAAUGUGUGCAGAGAAGGGUGUGAACCCAUGGAUUGAAGUAGACGGUGGCGUCACCCCCAAGAAUGCUUACAAGGUUAUUGAGGCUGGAGCCAACGCCUUGGUGGCAGGAUCUGCGGUCUUUGGAGCCAAGGACUACGCUGAAGCUAUCAAAGGUAUCAAGACUAGCAAGAGACCCCAGGAAGCCACCGUGGCGGCUUAAAUCCAGUCAAUAAGUUCUUCAACAUGAGAUCAACGUUUGCGUUGGGAGAUGCCCGUGUUAUGAUGGCUUAGCCAACCUGGAGUUUUGUACUAUUUAGAUUUCUGCAUCCAGGAAGGAACAGACAUCGUUGGCUUGUUGAGAGAAUUCGGUGCAUGAGUACUGCAACUUCCAGAAUAGAUUGCAAUUAUUCUUGGCAAACUCUGUAUUUUUAUUCCAAAUUUUCUCGUCUUAUAAUAUGAGAUUUUUCUGAACUUCUGCAA